AAACAAAAAACAAAAUAAAUAAAUAUUAAAGAUGUCAAGACAAUUCAUUGAUUAUUCUAUUGCAAUGGUGACUCCCUUUAACCAAGAAGGUGAAUUCUUGGCUGAUUCUGUUGCUCCUCUUACUCAGUUCUAUAUUAAUCAACUUAAGGCUCCUGGUUUGUUAGUGAGUGGUUCUACAGGUGAACAACACUGUUUAUCAUUAGAUGAACGUAAACAAUUAUACAAGAUUGUAGGUGAAACAGCUCCUAAAGGUUUUCCUCUUUAUGCUGGUGUAGCUGCCUUCAAGACAAAGUAUGCAAUCGAAUUGGCUCAAGCAGCUGAACAAGCUGGUUUUUCUGGUAUCAUGUUGGGUGUUCCACCUUAUCGUCGUCCUUUACAAAGAGAACUCGAAAGUUAUGUCACAGAAGUUGCUAAUUCGAUUAAGCUUCCUUUCUUUUUAUAUAAUACACCAGAUAGCAAUGGCUGCCAAAUUGAGCCUGAAACAUUUGUAAGACUUGCAUCAAAAUUAAGUAAUCUUCGUGGUCUUAAAGAUGUAGGUCAUCCUGAAAAUGUUCCAAAGAUACAAUCCCUUUUAGGAGAUGAGAAAAUAAACUACUCAUUUUUCACCGGUAAUGACGAUGAGUAUGUUGAAUUAAAGACAAACUAUGGAUAUACUAGUAUUACUUCUAUGGCAGCUAAUAUAUUCCCUGUGGAAAUGAAACAAAUUUUUGAUUAUAUGGAAAAUAAUGAAAAGGAUAAAGCAGAAUCUAUUUUAAAUGAUUUAAAAUCUAAAAUUCAGACCAUUGGAAAUAUGGGUUAUGUUCAAUGCAUUAAAUAUAUUUUAAGAGAACGUGGUGCUCCUGCUGGUUAUUGUCCUCCUCCUCUUAUGGAUCCUUCAGAAGAAGAGAAACAUUACUUGAAGACCUUUGUAUAAAAAAAAAAAA